CCAACCUUUUGUAUGUGCCCUAAUUGGCUUCUUCGAUUCUAUUAAAGCUGCUACUGGGUGGUGUUACUGGUUAUUUCGGAGCAGCAAACAUAUUCAGUAGCGCAGUAUAACUGGGAAGAAUAGAGAAAGGGAAAAACAGUAUUCAAAGCUUUAUGUGUCAAAGAGUGUUUGGCUCACAAUCUCUUUUUGUCUCUCCCCAAAAAAAUGAAAUACUAAGAGCGAUCUUAGUGAUCUGAGCGAUUUGCAGCGACUCCAAAAAGCGACAAAGAAGAGGAUAAAGAAGAAAAAAAACAGUCUUUUUAAAGACUACCAACUUACAUCAAGAGCAGAGAAAUUACAGCAACCUGCUCAACCCAUUGCGGGUCAUCAGGAGGAAGGAGCGUCAAGAUGGGCGCCAAACUGUGCAACAUCCUGCACCGGCACCGGCAUACUGAGACUGUUGACAUCAAUCAGUCUUUUGAUGCUUGUGAGCCCUGGGUGAGUAUUUGCUUUUCAGGUAUGAAGCAGGAGCUGCUGAGAGACAUCCGGAAGGAGAUGAGGAUAGCAGCAGGGGCGCAAAAGCUGUACCUUGUCACCAAGGACAGACAGACCAAAGCCCAAGUGAAGGAGCUGAGGAACAUCAGUGAGAGGAAGGUGAAAGCCCUUUUCUCCUCUCUCCACAAGCUCAAUGUGCAGCUAGCUCAGAGGGAAGCAGAGAAUUCUCCAGGUAAGAUAUAACAGUCUCUGGCCUCUUUCCUAUUGGCAUUACAUGUGUGUCAUCAUAACAUCACAUACACUACCUCUUCAUGGACAUUAGGUUGA